GGUUUGCACCCUUACUUGCAUUCAAAGCUCUAAAACAACAAAAACACACCUCACUAAAUUAAAGCUCCAACAAAAGGUUUCUCUUUAUAUUUGUUUAUUUCUCUUUCUUUUUUCUCCCACAAAACCUUAAGUAUUAUUAUCUCUACUAUUACAUCUUCAAGCUUACCAAUCUCUUCACAGAAAAGAAGAAAGAAAACUAGCUGCCAGAUAGAUAGAUAUAUAGAUAAGAAAACUAUGUGCAACCAAAAGACAGAUUCCCCAUCCUCCUUUGUCUCCACAGAAAAAGCUCAUUUCGUCAACUCUCGUAAACCAAUGGAUUUUCAAGCUGAUGAUGAAGAACUGCUUCAUAGAUGGCCAACCCCAACUGAGGCUUUUGAAGAAAUCAAAGAAAUAGGGAAAAUUUCAGGACCAACAGCACUCACAGGGUUGGUACUAUAUUCAAGAUCCAUGAUCUCAAUGCUUUUUCUUGGAUAUCUAGGGGAACUUGAACUUGCUGGAGGCUCUCUUUCCAUUGGCUUUGCUAAUAUCACUGGCUACUCUGUAAUCUCUGGCUUGGCUAUGGGAAUGGAACCAAUUUGUGGACAAGCUUAUGGAGCAAAACAAAUGAAACUUUUAGGCAUAACUCUUCAAAGAACAGUACUUCUCCUUCUUUCAACCUCAAUUCCUAUCUCUUUCAUGUGGUUAAACAUGAAAAGAAUCCUUUUAUGGUGUGGCCAAGAUGAAGAUAUUUCCUCUAUGGCCCACACUUUCGUUGUCUUUGCAAUUCCUGACCUUUUCUUCCUUUCUUUGCUUCAUCCCCUAAGAAUUUACCUAAGAACACAAAAUAUUACAUUACCUUUAACUUAUUGUUCUGCUAUCUCUGUUCUUCUUCAUGUCCCACUCAACUUCCUUCUCGUGCGAUAUUUUAAUUUGGGCAUUGCUGGAGUUGCUUUAGCAAUGGUUUGGACAAAUUUGAACCUUUUCCUUUUGCUCUGCUCAUUUAUUUACUUUUCGGGUGUAUAUAAAGAUUCUUGGGUGGUUCCUAGCAUGGAUUGUGUACGUGGGUGGUCAUCUUUAUUAGGUUUAGCAAUUCCCACGUGUGUAUCCGUUUGUCUUGAAUGGUGGUGGUAUGAAUUCAUGAUAAUGCUUUGUGGACUUUUGGCAAAUCCUAAAGCUACCAUUGCUUCUAUGGGAAUUCUCAUUCAAACAACUUCUUUAGUAUACGUCUUCCCAUCUGCCUUAAGCCUUGGUGUUUCGACUAGGGUUGGGAACCAGCUCGGUGCCAACCGGCCCGCUCGAGCCCGAAUUUCAAUGAUAGUGUCACUUUUUUGUGCUAUAGGAUUGGGUUUGGGAGCAAUGUUGUUUACAACUUUGAUGAGACAUAAAUGGGGUCUUUUUUUCACAAAAGAUGUAGAGAUUCUUAAGUUAACAUCCAUUGCAUUGCCUAUAGUAGGGCUUUGUGAGCUAGGGAAUUGUCCACAAACUACAGGUUGUGGGGUGUUAAGAGGAAGUGCAAGGCCAACAAUUGGAGCUAAUAUUAAUUUGGGUUCAUUUUAUUUAGUUGGAAUGCCAGUAGCUUUUAUUCUUGGAUUUAUAUUAAAAAUGGGAUUUGCUGGACUAUGGCUUGGCUUGCUUGCAGCACAGGCCUCAUGUGCAACUCUUAUGCUUUGUGUGCUGUUCAAAACUGAUUGGAAAGUUCAAGUAGAAAGAUCAAAACAGCUAACACAAUCUUCUUCAACUGCUGCUUCAUUACCAGUGACAAUGCCUUUGGAUUUGGACAAGAAGAAGAAGGCUAAUAAUAAUCUUGAAGAGACUUUGUGCACUAAAGAGGAAGAUGAUUUGCUGAAAUCUACAGACACAGACCCUCUCAUACCUUCCACUACUACUACUACUACUUAAUUUAUCCACUUUAUUGUGCAUUGAUUGGAUUAACUCCAUUUUUUUUACUUUUCCUUUUCUUUUUUGGUCCCUCCAUAUACCCUUUGAAGGGUUGAUGUGAAAAAUUGUUCGUUGGGAUUUCAUAUACUAAUUGUUAACAUUUGAAAAGAGUGUAUUGAUCAGGAUAAACCUACUAGUUAUAUAUUCUCUUGCUGUUUUUUCCCUCAUCAUGCCCCUUGUAAUAAUAAUAUGGAAUAUAGAGAUAUA